AUGGCGGAGUUGGAAAUAGCCAAGAGACUUCUUUCUAACCUUGAGCGCAGGUUUGGUUCCACUAGUAUGAGACGGAGUGACCUCCAAAAGAGGUUGCACACCAACUUCACUAGUAGAACCCGUCGUGAGAGAAUGUCUGAUGAUGAGAUAGCGGAAACAAAUGCUUUUACACAAAGAGCAGCCCGUGCAGAUAAUAAUGAGUGUUGCCGUGUACUGGCAUACAAAGACAAUAAGGAGGCCAUUGAUCUUGUAAUGCUCAGAGACUGUGCCAACACUCUUCAAAAAGCAGUAAUGUCAGAUGGAGAGUCUGCUGAUGAAAUGGACGAGGAUGACAUAAAACAUGUCAUUCAUAUUGUACAAUCAGGCUGGAGAAGCAAUGAGUGCAACCGUUUCAUUGCACUUGUUGACACUUAUGCUAUCCAGGCCAUGGGGUCAAGUGCUAAUCAAAGGAUCCGUAGGAUCACUACUAGUGUGUCCAACUCAGCAGUCCCGUAUAACAUUAGCCCCAAUUUUCCUCAGUGGGCUCUUAGAGAUGGGCUCUAA